AUGCAAUAUAUGGGGUUCCGAGCUAGGGGAGAGAUCAGCAUCGAUAGGACAUGGAGAUGUGGGCUCAGAAGGGAGUGGAAUAGAGGGUCCGAAGGAGAUAGCUUAGAUGCCGCCACUGGGGGUUCACUUGCUUACCUUGUCGGGUCACCUGGAGAGGUCGGUCGAAGGAAAGUACUUGCUGAAAUGAAAGUACCAAGGAAAGAAGAGCGGGAAGAUCUCUAUGAAAGAGAAAAGAGCCCCAAGCACAGCACAAAACAAAAGGAACUUGACAAUCGGAUCUUGCAAGCUACUAGGUCAGUUUCUAAAUCGACUUUUGUGCACAGAGUUAUUAUCAAAUCGGAUCCGGAUCUUGUCUCUUUCCUGGUGGAUGCAUGGGCUAUUCUACA